AUGGAGAACAGACGAUAUAAGAAAGAGAGUACGGUGAGAGUAAAGGUAACUGAUUUGAAACUUAUUACGUUGGAUGAAUUUAUUGAAGCAGUAGAAGGGAAACUCGGGGAGGGGUCAUGUUUUGCGUGUGUACCCAGGUACCCCUCGACUAUAGAAAUAACGGUCGAUAGUGUGGAAAAUGCAAAUCUGUUGUGCGAAGGACUCACUGUGAACGAUUUAGGAUAUGAACCCGAACUUUGUUUUUCACCUUAUAUAGUAGUCUCCUUUUUUAAUUUACCCCCCUACCUUGAAGAUGAUAUUAUUGUAAGGAAAUUGGAAAGAUUCGGAGUGGAAAUUGUAGGCCCAGUAGUAAGACACUUUCAUAAGAAGUUUCCCAAUGUAGCUGACGGCACUCGGCACGUGAAAUGUAAAUUUCCACCCACAUUGAGAUCCCUUCCGUGGGCAAUGAACUUUGAGACUCUAGAGGGGCCACAAUCCUUUAAAAUCCUACAUAACAACCAGACUAAAGUUUGUUACAAAUGUUUAAGCCCGGACCACGAGAAGAAGGAAUGCCCCCAGAUCAAAUGUGCAAAGUGCAGACUUUUCGGACAUAUGGCCUUCAAAUGCCCCACCCCUACUUGUGAAAAAUGUGAAAAGGCAGAAAAUUUGUGUAAAUGUGAACAGUUUUUUGACACUAACGAAGGGGAACAUGACGAAGAAAUAGUGAAUAAUAAUAAACGAGACCUAAGCACUGAUAAGAGUGAGAACAAUCAAGAGGGGAAAAAACAAAAGAAGGACAAUGACGACGAAGGGAACAUUAAUCUAGAACAACCGAGCCAUAACGAAGUUUUGCCAUCCGCAGAGUCUACACGCCAUGAUGCCCCCGAUACUAAUCCCCCCGAAAUUAACCCCCCAUCAUUUAACAUUAAUAAAGACGAAUACUCUAUCAUAGAUGACUUUUUAGAAGAAACGAAUAGCGGCAUGGAAUUUAUAGCCGUGAAAGAUAAGAACGGUCGCUACAGACGAGUCCCAGUUUCUCGACAAUCCCCCACCCCCUCCAAACUUAAACCACUUAAUAGUAGGGAAAAUAGCCCCAGUAAAGAGAUGCCACUACCCCAGAUUAAGAGACAGUAA